CAUGGCGGACCAAGACACUCGAGCUCUGUCAAAGACUGGCUGAUUGAACAUGGGCAGCGAAAUCGAAGAACUCAAGAAGACGGUCGCGCAGCUGCAGAAGGAGGUGACGCGCCUGAGUGACCAAGAGGAAGUGCGCAAGCUGCAGUACAAGUACGGCUACUAUCUCGACAAGUGCCUGUACAAGGAGGUUGUCGACCUCUACGCCGACCACCCGGACACCUGCGUUGAGUUCCUCGGCGGCCGCUACAAUGGCAAGGACGGCGUCGGCCGCCUCUACAUCGGCCGCUUCGCGCAGGCCUUCGUGAACGGCCGCAACGGGCCAGUCCACGGUUUCCUCCUCGAUCACCCCCAGAUCCAGGGCAUCGUCGACAUCAACGCCGAAGGCACCCGUGCCAAGGGCCGAUUCCGAAGCAUGAUGGCCGCCGGCACGCACGAGAGCGUCAAGGACACGCACCCGCGUGGGCUGGUGCAGUGGUGGGAGGGCGGCAUAUACGAGAAUGAGUACAUCAAGCAGGAUGGCGUGUGGAAGAUCUUCCGGCUGAAGUACUUCCCCUUCUGGCACGCCGAGUUUGGGAAGGGCUGGUCUCACACCAAGCCCAACUACGUGCCCUUCAUGUCCAAGACAUAUCCUGAAGACCCGCAGGGACCGAACGAGCUGUGUGAGAACCCUAUGCUCUGGCCGGACACUCGAGUUGUGCCGUUUCACUACGAGCACCCCGUCACGGGCAAGCAGGUCGCUGAUGAUGACCUGAAGGCGCCGGAAUAUGGCAAGGAUCCCAACACUAGCACGCCUGCCCUGGUGCUUAGCAAGCCCAAGUCGGUGGCUUAGAUACAUUGAAUCAAAGCUUGAAAGGUCAAUGACGCCCGGUGAUCCCCAACGCAUCCUAUCCCCUUCGUCUGGCAGAUCGCAGUCGCAAUGGGACGGUACAUGCAAUAGCGGAUUGUCACUU